GUAAUAUUAGGUCGAAAUUCAUCUUAUUUUGACAAGCAUGUUUAACAUGUCAAAAUUAUUUUGCAAAAUAUUGACGUUUACUGCUAAAUGCACAAUUUUAUUAGGAUUAUGCUUCGUUUAUGCAGAAUCAUUUCUUAAUCCUGCUGUUGCACAAUGGGGAGAGUGGGGCAGCGAACAGUGUUCUAUAGUAGCAGGACGAUGCAUUCUGUCAAGAAGCAGAAACUGUUCAGCCCAGAAUAUGCAAGAAUGUAUUGUCAGGGGAGGAAACGAAUACACAGUCAAUGUAUGGACUGAUAUGACGACAUGCCGAUGUAGGAUAGAAGAAUCAACCACGUCAUCAACAACUCUUGUUCCAUCUACAACACCUUCCUCCCAUUGGCUAGAGUGGGGGACUUGGGAGUGUCAUUUAAUGAGUGGUGAAUGUACGCAGCUAAGAUGGAGAAAAUGCUCUGGCUCUCGGAAUGAAUGUAAAGGAUCAGAUUACUCAUUAAAACAUUGCGAUGGGCUGAUAUGUAGGGACCUGCAGGGAACAUCAACGUCGAUGCCAACAACGUUAUCAAUUACCUCAUCUUCGGUGGUUACGACCUAUUCGUUCACAAAUACACAAUCAUUAAGAUCAAGCAGGGCUACAAUGUCAUCAACAAAUCUCCAAUACUUCAUGUCAUCUACAUCUUCAUCAAUAUAUUGGCUCGAAUGGUCGGAUUGGGACUGUAAGAAUAUUCCUAUCUGCUUGAUGUCGAGAACCAGGAACUGUUCAAAUUAUGAGCCCAAUGAUUGCGAGAGAAAACUUUUAGGGUCUCAUUAUGAAAUACAACCAUGCCGGGGAGAAAUAUGCCCAUAUAUAACCACAAUAGGUACAACUGCGAUAGCAGUGUGGUCUAACUGGGGUCCAUGGGAAUGUCAUUAUGAACAAGGCUUAUGUGUCAUGUCACGGUAUAGAACUUGUUUAGAUAACAAGGCGAGUCAUCAUUGCCCAGGCCAGGAUUACGAAUUACGCUCAUGUGGGAACACAUGCUCUGAUGUAACUACGACAGGUUCACCUGUAACAGCACUGUGGUCUAACUGGAGUUCAUGGGAAUGUAAUCAUGAUGAACAAGGUUUAUGUGUCAUGACACGGUAUAGAACUUGUUUAUACAACAAGACGGGGAAACGUUGCCACGGCGAGGAUUUUGAAUUACGAUCAUGUGGGAACGCAUGCUCUGGUUAGAUGUUCAGCAGUACCAACUAUAUUAUUUGUUUUAUAAAAUGAAAAA